UAUGAUGACGAACAAUAACACUACCAACAACAGCAAUAAAAUGUCUAACGGUAAAGCGCCACCACCACCGCCACACGCACAUGCCCUAUCCUCGUUGCCACGCUUCGGCAGCGCACGUCGUGAGGCGAAACCGAACGAACGCGCGGAAAGUACGCUCUCACACGAGCCACCCUACAGCCAGCAUCUUGCCAAUCAGAAUGGACAACGCGCCGCUACAGCCGAUCGUUACUUACGCCUCACGCAGGAUCAUUUCAAUCACAAUCACGGCCCUUACGGCAGCAUCGGCAGCAACAAGCACGCCAACACACUGAGCGGCGAACGUUCACCCCGUGAGAGCGAGUGUAAUUACAUACACAAUAACUCGCAUUAUUCGCUGCCGUUGGAUCAUGCAUUGAGCGCCGUCACGCCCACACCAACGCCACCACCACCAGCGUUGCCCGUGCGCAAUGGCCAGCUAAUGCAUAAUGGCAACAGCAACGGCGGACAGCGUGUCCAAGCUUAUAAUAACAACAAUUGCAGUAAUGGUUAUGCCACGAUAGGUGGCGGCAAUCAUUUUGGUGGUGGCGUUGCCAUUGGCGUUGGUGGCAACAACAAUAAUGGUAGUUUAAGACGUUAUCACUGAUAUACGCUUAAGGGCGGUUGGUGCGGCACGAGCCGCAGCGCCUACUAUGAGAAAUACGAAUGCGCCUAUGAACAUCCGGCCGUGGCCAAUCGAAACAGUUUUGAGAUGUGUACAUUUGUGAGGCCAUAAAGGGGGUGAGCAGAGCAAGGUUAGAGUUAGGAACAGCAGCAAAAGUAUCUUGAGAAAACUUAGUAGCGUAAUAAUAUAGAUCGAAACCUUAGUACGAAGAGCGCUCGAGGUAGAAAAAUAUCCCAGUGAAAAGUUAUGAUAAAUUUGGCAAAAUACCUAUCUCGAAGUUGGUCGAAAUACUUUGUAUAAAACAGCUCUGGUAUUGUAAACACUGCCGUCAAAUAUAUAAAUUCCAAAGUCCAUGAAAUUUUAUAUUGAAAUUGCCAUAGAGAAUCAGUAGAUUUCAUAAAAUUAUUUCAUAGAUGUUUUAAGACAAGAGUAUUACGGUUAAUGAACCAAAAAUAAGUCUACACAGAGCUAACCGAACUGUUCGCAAAAUAUAAGCUUUGAACUCAUAAGAACCUUAUCGAAAGUCCCAAAAACAGAGGGUAAUAUAUAAGUAUGAAAACCCUACUUAGCGAGUCCCUUUUGUGCUAAGAGCUGCACCCAAUUAGCUCUCAACAUUAAAAUUAAUAUCAACCACUUAUUCUAUAAUGUUUUCGUUAAUGUAGUUUCCGCAAGUCCAAUUCUCUAGUGACAAUACUUCUAUCUCAUUGAUCUAAUUGAAUUGGUGUCGUCCGAUGACCCAGAAUCCACAAAACGAUAUUCGUACCACGAUUGUUCAGCCUAAGUUAUGUGGAUCUGAACCAUAAGCUAGAGCAAGGUAUUACUUAAGGGUCUAAUUUUCAUUUAAGAAGCCUUUUUCUCUAUAAUAUCAACUUGAUUCCCUUCGAGGUAGAGUAUUUGAUAACUGUUUUGGAGAAUUGAAACACAUCGUGGGCAGCUUCCCAUGAAACUAUCACUGAAUUAGUUUUUAUUUUCUACAGCGAUGCGGUAAAAAUCGCCUUCUGUCAAGUUAUUAGCUCACUUCUUAUGCUCUUAGUUCAAAAACAUUCCCGAAUUUCAUGCUUCCUAGAGACUACUGGAAGUUUUUCAGCUUUGAUUGCUUGACCCUUGAUUUCGAUGAAGGGUUAAAACUAUAGUACUGGAAGUAAAUUAGCCAAGACUUUGCUUAGCACAUACGACAUACUAGAGACCAAAUAAUGUGGUACCAAAAUCUCUUAAUAUUUCUGGAGUAUAUCGAUAUAAAUUUAUCGAUAUGUAUAUAUAUUUUCUGUUUUUGAAGCUAAACUGUUCUUCAUCAUCUUGUCAUUCUGUAUAAAAUCUCCCCAUGUCCUCUCAAAUAUUUCACAAAUCUUCAUGCGUUAGAUAUAACUGCCGCCGUUGUUUAUAGCGUGUGUUCCUUAUCAUUUGCCAUCAUCGAUGUUCGCAUUAUUGUAUUCACUAAUGAUUACUACAACAUCAAACUAAGUAGGCAGCAAUUUUCGUGAUUUGGUUUUCGUAUUAAAAACCGUUAAUUUGUAGUUUUUUUAAUUUUUUCAAAAGCAGCUUUAGUUUAUUAGCUAUACGCUAUUUUAUUGUAAAUUUAAUUGAUAUUUAUAUGUGUAUGUAAAGUAGCUUUAAAGCACAAUUAAAACGAAUUGUCAAUAUAAUUAGUUAACGAAACGAUUGGCAAUGCAAUGAACGGGUCUCCAGCCGGAGACGCUUAAUUAUAUUUAUAUGCAUAUGUGUGUAUGUUAUAUGUACAGUUAUGUAUGUAAGCGUUGUAAAUUUACUUGCAAACUCGGAAAAAUACGUGUAUUCAGGCAAAAGCAUUUUUUUGUAAUAUAACUACAUAUUAUAUAUAUACAUAUAUAAAUUGUAAUUUUUUUUCACGCAACUGUAUUGUAUUAAAUAAUUAUAAUUUUAAUUGGUUUUCAUUUGUAAAUAAAUAUAAUUAUAAUGUUAGUCAAAGCGGUUAAUUGAAAAGCAUAAACACCAAACACAUGCAUGCAAAUAUGGUAGUGUGUGUGUAAUUAUAUUAAAAAGAAGAAAAAUUGCAUGUAAUAAAAAAAUGCGAAAAAAAUAUCGCAUGCAAUAAAAAAUAAUUAACGCAUAAUUUGCUGGUAAACUAUUGUAGGCGGUAAUGAGACGUUAUAAAAAAGAAAAAAUAUAAUUAAAAAAUUUAAAAUAAAUAAAAUAUUUUUCAUUUAUUGCGCGCAAAUGUAGCGUGAAUUCUCAUUUGUACACACACACACACACGCGUUUAUUUGUGUGCGCGUGAGAAAAGACAGAAGAAUGUAAGUAAUGCGACAAUUGAUUUUCAGUGAUCUAAAUAUUAAGUUUAAAACUAAUUAUUUGUAAAUAUCUCUAUAUAAAUAUAUAAUGAGCGCGUGCGCCGAAAAAAAUUUAAGCUACAUAUUAAUAAUUAUAUAUACAUACAUAUUUAAAUAAGUUUAAAAAUAAAUAUAUAAAAAAUCAAAUUAUAUUGAGUAUACUAUAAAAAAUCAAUAAAAGCAAUCAUAUAUGAAAUAAAAUGAUAAUUAUUUAAAAGAAACUACAAUGUAAAAUAUCAAAAAAAAAAUUAAAAAAAAAAUAAUUUAAUUAAAUGAAAUUAUAAGAAUUCCGCAGCUAGCAAACAUUGAUAUUGAAUACACAUAUUUGCAAAUAUUCAGAAAAAAGCAAUACUUGUACGAAAUAUUGUACAUAACAAACAAAAGCGAGAAAUAAAAAUUAAAAAAAAAAUUUACAUUCAUAUUAAAUUACAAAAAAAACUUAGUAAACAAAUAUAUAACUGUAUUAUAUUCCACACUCUUCAACAAUAUUGUCUUACACAGCAACUUAACAAGAACGACUUAAAAACAUUUCAAACUAAAUUAUUAUUGGCAGCAGCUUUAGUCACCACAGUCCCUAGUAAAACUAUGCAAACACAAACAGUUUAAUUAAAAUUAUAAACUUUAUUUGCUUUUGUUGUUGUAUUAUUUUUUAAUUUCGUAUUUUACUUAAUAUUAAUUAUGGUUUACGCCAUUUGAUACUGUGCUCUAUGUAUUUAUUGAAAUUUUACUCGGAAAUAAAACACACAAACACUUAUACUUAUUACAUGAACAAAUAUAA